UCAGUUUCAGUCUUUUAAUGGUGCUCAUCGGCUGCGCGUUUCUUUCGCAUUGAUACGCUUGACUUUGCCGCCUAACAAACUAAUAAACAAAAACAGUUAAAUAAACACUUUGUCUCGUGUCGCGUUUAUCUGUGUGUCUGUGUGUUUAACAGAGUGUGAGUUGUUCUGCCUGUCUGUGUCUGUGUGUGUGUGUGUACACACGGUGCGCCCUCAUUGUGCUCUCGUGCACAUGAAAAUUUCAUUAGCCGCAGAAAAGUGGAAAAUCCAAAAACAGUUAAAGCACAAAUAAAUAAUUAAAAAUCACUACAAGUGAAAUUGCCAAAAAAAUAUAAAUAAAUAAAAUAAACAACAAAUUGCGAAAUCCCUGGAAAGCUGCCAAGAAAAAACAAGCAAACCACGCCAAUUAAUUGCGAGUUCAAUCAACGCAAAAGUGUUAAUUAAUAAAUAAUAAAAAAACAACUGAUUCGCGGACAACGACUAGCAGUGCAUACAGCUCUUGGAAGAUGCAGUGCGGCCUGGAGCAGAUGAACGAUUGCGAACGCUCGCCGAACCGAACAAAUCUGCGGGUCAACUUCAAUGAGAAGGGCGCCGAGGUCAAGGAGCGACGGGAAAAGUUCCUCACCGCCAAAUAUGGCUCACAUCAGAUGAGCCUGAUCAGGAAGCGUCUGGCCGUCGAAAUGUGGCUAUACGAUGAGCUGCAGAAGCUCUUUGAUCCGCCGAGCGAGGCGAUCGAUGUGGAUAUCGAUGAAAUCUUAGACAUGGACACAGACGACAUAAGAAGAUCUCAUCUUAUUAGAUUAUUGUCAGUCUGCAAACGCCCGCAAUCGGACAUAUCGAAGUUCAUUGGCGAUUUAUUGGAUCGCGCAAAAACGCUGUAAAUCGCCGGCUCUUCAAUAAAUACAAAAUAUAAUAAAAAAAAAAUAAAAAAAAAUAAUAAGAAAAGAAAUCAUUAAACAUAAUGUAAUACAUAUAUAUACUAACAUAUAAUAUGCAAGCGAAAUACAAUUUACUUUUAAGUUUAGCUGCUUUAAGAUCCACACAAGAACAAAGAAUAAAACCGAAAUAUCAUUUUUUUUUUAUUCAGAAUUUUUUCAUUUAGGACUUUUGCUUGUUUGAAAUCUGUAUUUGCAAAGUUUAGUCUUAAUUUAAAGAACACACCGAUAAAAUGCAUCGUUAGCCAUAAGAAUACAAAUUUAAAUCAUGACUUCAUCAAUUUUGUGAUGAUAUUUCAUAAAUUAACAAAUAUAUAUAUAUAUAAAUAUAUGUAUGUACAUUAUACAUAUGUGUAUAGUAAAUGGCCUGAAACUAAUACGAAAUUGUUUAUUUGUAAUGCAAAAUGAGUUUUUUCGGAAAGCGUGUGUAGUAAAAACUAGUAAAACAAAGUUCAAAAAAAAAAACUACAGUAAACACUCUGGUUGUUGCAAAUGAUUUUGUUUUUUGCCUACGUCUGCUUAAUUGUAUUUGUUUUUUUAACAAAUCAUUAAACAAUUUUCUAUCGUAAUAUAUGUUAUUGUCAUGUGCUUGAAUAUUGUAGCUACCCGAAAAUGAUUUGAAUAAAAUUGUGUACAAGACGAUAUUUAAUGGAAAUGUUUGUGUAAAGUAAAUCGAACACGUAAACAAAGAUGUAAGCUCAGGUUCACUGCCAAAACGUGGAGUAGGAAUGAUGCGAAAAAAAAGCCGCUAAAAACUAAAAUUAACCGAAAGCAAAAGUAAAAAAAUAAACAAGAAAUUGUGCAAGAUAAAAUAUAAAAGCCGGGCAAAAAAAUAGCAUUAGUUUUUAUUUUUAUUUGUUUUUAAUUGUAUUAAAGGAACUUCUUUAGAUGUUCCAGUGAGCCGACAGUUGCAAUACAUACACAAUAUUUGAAGCACAAAGAAUUUCAUAAUCUUUAAUUUUCACAAUGUAAAUAAAAUGUCAAAGAAACUCAACACAAUACUCCCAUUAAACUCAACAUAAAGCAUAAAA